AUGCGAGAUAUAGAGAAUAUACAUAUUCCAACAUUGACUUCAUCCCGAAGUGGACCGGUGUCUACAAAUUCCUGGGCUCCGACAGUGACCACUGGAUUUGCUACACGAAGCAAAAUUCUUUUUGGUGUAUCUUUAACGGCUGGAAUAGUCGUCUGCUCUACAAUACUUCUUGUACCUAUACUUGUUACGCAUGGCGAAUAUACGACAACCACAGCAAUAACAAAGACCACAGCUAGUACAUCGACUAUCAAUACUACAUCAUCAGUUUUAUUCACAUUCACGUCCUCUACAACAUCUUCUUUCACAACAUCAUCCACCAGCACAUUUUCUACAACAACCUCAUCCACGAGCAGCUCAUCUACAACAACGUCAAUGGCCAGCACUUCCUCUUCAACAACAUCUUCUCUCACAACAUCGUCCACCAGCACAUUCACUACAACAACGUCAUCGACUAGUACGUCCACUACAACAACGUCGUCAACCAGCACAUUCACUACAACAACGUCAUCGACCAGUACGUCCACUACAACAACAACAAAAGUCCAGUUAGCAUUAACAAGUAUUGAUGGGAUAAUACAUGGUGUAUUUAAUACCAGUGUAGGUGGUAAUAGUAUUACAUCAACAUCAGGUUUUGAUGUUGGCAAUUAUCCACCGGCUGAAUCACCCAACAAUGCAUGUGAUGAUAAUAUUAUGACGAAAUAUCUUAGUUUCGGCAGUUGUUCAGAAACAGAGCUCUUUGCGACAUGUGGUUUAAACACAGGUUUCUAUUUGGAAUUAUUGCAACAGUUCGUAUUAGUGACAGGAAUUCGCGUUUGUACGGCUACUGAUUAUCCAGAACGUGAUCCACUAGUGAUUUCACUGGAAGGAAGCAAUCGAACAGGAAUAUUUCUGACAUUAGGUUCGAGUUGGUCAUUAAUCUACAAUGGUAGCACUGGUCUCACAGUAAAUCCUGGUCGAGGUAUCUGUGGAUCAGUUCAAUGGUUCACGAAUGCAAAUCAGUAUAAAAGUUAUCGAUUUCUUGUUUCAAACAAACGUGCAACGUCAAACAGUGUUCAAUAUUCUGAAGUAUUUGUUAUACUGAUUUUAUCCGUCGGUGGUGCCUCGAUAUCUGUUGUUUCAUCACAAGUUAAACGUUUGCGUGACAAUUCAGUUAUUCUCAAUCUAGGAAAAUUCUUUGGUACUGGAGUAGUAUUAGCAACUGGCUUUAUUCAUAUGUUACCAGCUGCAAUGAAGGCAUUAACUGAUCCUUGUUUACCUGAUAAUUAUACUAUAUAUGAUGCUUCUGCUGGGCUUUUAGCUAUGGUAGCCGCAUUGAUCAUGCAAUUGACUGAGUACAUAGUUUAUCAACGAUAUCGAUCGAUUGAAUCGCACAAGACUUCGACAGCAAUAGAUGGAGAUACGUCCAAUGGUAACAAUCUGUUAGGUCAUUCUCAUGCCAUAGGUUUCCAGAAUGAUAGUGAAACCAAGAAAAUUAGUACAUAUUUACUUGAAUUCGGCAUUGCUCUACAUUCAGUUUUGAUCGGUUUGACACUGGGAACAGCAACUGAUGAAUUUCUCGUUCUAUUUAUCGCCCUGGCUUUUCAUCAGUUUUUCGAAGGCAUGGCACUUGGCGCGCAAGUUGCUCGCCUAGAUCACAUUUCUUUACGAUCAUGUCUAUUAAUGAUCAUGUUCUUCGCUCUUACAACACCUAUUGGCAUUAUCAUUGGCAUUUGUAUUCAAUCAAAUUCCUACAAUCCCAAAUCAACGACAUCCUUACUAAUGAAUGGCAUCUUAGAUUCUAUAUCCGCCGGUAUUCUUAUCUACGUUGCACUUGUUCACCUAAUCGCUGGUGAAAUGGAUUGUCAUGCUCAUACAUUUCAUGCUCUGAAAAGCCGGUUCAAAGUUUUGUACUUCCUAGCGUUAUAUGCGGGAGCGGGUACCAUGGCUGUCAUUGGAUUAUGGACAUGA